UUAAUGGCCGCUCUCGCCGUGCCGUGCGGGAUUUUUUAUUUUCUCCGCCAUAGCGGUUAAAUUUUACCGUGUAAUAUUUGCUGUAGAAAGAAAAAAAUAAUAUCAUCGGGCGAAGACAGUUCUUAAGGCACCAGGGCCGUCUUUAAAGAGCUCCGGGUCGACAAGAAUAUUCUCUAAUGGAUACUCCUGAAAGCCCUACCCAGUCCCCUCAGUCUCCAGAGGAAGAGGAGAAGGGUCUUUCUGACAGUGAAUUGCUGGAUUCUCUCGAUGAAGAUGGAGACAGGGUCAUUUCAGACAGUGAGAUAGUCCAAGAGGAGGAGAACACAGGGUUUGCAGAGGAGGAUGAAGAAGAGGUAGCGGUGGAGAGCAGAGGGAGACUUUCUGGAUUAGAGAACAGGGAAGAGGAGGAUGAAGUGGUCCCUGAUUUUGUCUCUGACCCAGAGGACGAGGGGCCCAGUGAAGAAAUGGGGAUGGGACAGGAGGACAAAAACAUUGUGCUAAUGGAGGAAGAUGAGGGUGGGGAGGGGGCUCAUGGCAGCCAUUUUAAUGGAGAGGAGGAUGAUGAAGAAGAGGACAGAGUGAUUGACACGCCACAGUCUCCAGACUCAGAGCCAGAACAAGGCAGAAGCUACAUCACUGCAGAGGAUGGAGAACGUAGGGAGGAGGAAGAGCAAGAAAAGAGAUACAGCAGUUUCAGGAAGGAUGAGGAGGAGGAGGACAAGGGUAAGGCUGAGGAGGAAGAGGAGGAAGAAAGACUGAGAGAUGAGGUGCGGAGGAUAUCAGCUGCUGUAAGGGAGGUGAAAGACGACUCCGCAUCAGUUUCCCGAGAGCUGGAUGAACAUGAACUGGAUUACGAUGAGGAGGUGCCUGAGGAGCCCAGCAUCCCCACACAUGAGGAGGAGGAAGAUGAAGAUGAUGCCAAGGCAGAGGGUGAGGAGGAGGAAGAGAGUGAGGACAAGAGUAGCAGUAAAAGGAAGGAGAAGAAACCCAUUCUCCCUCCAUCUCCAAAAGACAAUCAGUCCAAGAAGACAGAUGGAAGGGGGGAGAGGGUCCGUAGGGAUUCUUUCAGAGACAAGAAGAAGGAUGAGGAUGAUGGAGAGAUUGACGAAGGAGAGAUUGAUGAUGAUGACCUGGAAGAGGGGGAGGUCAAAGAUCCAUCAGACAGGAAGAUCAGACCACGACCUAUUUGUAGAUUUUUCAUCAAAGGAAAUGGCACUUGGGGUAUGAAACUGUCGGUUCAUCCACCAGGAGUUAACGACAAAGGAAACUACUCCCUCAUCACUAAGCCAGAUCUGUUUUCACCCAACGGAGCGCCACCUGGAGGACCCACACCACUUAUUCCCAAUAACCCCUGGGCCGGAACCUGCGGUGAGGAACUCCCCCCGCCACCUCCUCCUGUGGAACCUCCUGUGGAAAGCGCCUGGGAGAGGGGUCUGAGACAUGCCAAAGAGGUGCUGAAGAAGGCCACCAUUCGUAAAGAGCAGGAGCCUGACUUCGAGGAGAAGCGUUUCAAUGUGACCAUCGGAGAGGACGAGAGAGAGUUUGACAAAGAAAAUGACUUUUUCAGAGAACGAAGUUACCGCAUCAUCAGAGAUGAAAUGGACUUCAGAGAUCCUAUAUACAGUGAUCCAUACGCUGACCCGUAUUAUGACUAUGAAAUGGAAGCGCUGUGGAGAGGAGGCCAGUAUGAGAACUUCAGAGUCCAGUACACAGAGGCUCCGGUUCCAUACCACUACAGUGAACGUGAACGGGAACGCGACCCCCGAGAACGUCACCGCGACCGAGAGAGAGAGCGAGACCACCGCGAGAGGGAGCGGCGACAGAGAGAGAGGGAACGAGAGAGGGAGAGGGAGCGUGAAAAGGAGAGGUUGAGGCGGAAAGAGGAAUGGGAGAGAGACCGCAUGAAACGGGACGAGAAGGAUCGGCCGAGGAUGAGGCCGCCUCGAGACGCCAGGGAGAAGAAGGACGAGGACAAGCUGAAACCACGCUCCCCGCUCAAUCUGCCACCCAACAGACCGAUGGAGCCUCCAUCAAAGAAGGAGGUCGUCCCAGUCAUGAGGCGACCAGACGAGUGGAAAGAUCCGUGGCGUCGGUCCAAAUCUCCCAGAAGACGCCCUGGUUUGGGAUCCCCACCCCGGGGACGCCGCCGACAUCGGCCCUCGGGCUCCUCUGUCUCUCUUUCCAACUCAUCCAGGUCUUCGUCUCGUUCGUCAUCCUACACAGGGUCUGGGUCGUCACGUUCUCGCAGCCGUUCCUCGUCAUUCAGCUCGUACUCCAGCCACUCGUCACAGCGCAGCUCCUUCAGCGGCAGCCGCUCCAGAUCUCGAUCCUUCUCCACGUCUCCUUCACCAAGUCCAGCAGCACAGAGGAAUGCGAAGAACCGACCGGACCUGCCUCCUGUUCCAGCUAAAGGUGUUCCGCUGAAGCCUGGUGCCAUGCCUCCGCCUCGUAGGGACGCCAAGCCUCCCAUGAAGAAAGCUCCCAGUCCUCCUCCACCCGGUGGACCGCAGGGCAGGCCGCCCAAGCCCAUGGCAGAGGGAGGGAAGCCCCCCCCCAACCCACGGGAAGCCGGAGGCCCAGGGUCCGGGCCUCCUGGUGAGGGACCCAGGAGGCCGAUACCGCCACGGGAACCCGGAAAACCGCCUAACCCGCGAGAAGGCAGGCGGAAAGAACGGCAGCAUGUUCCCCGCAGGAGGACUGUGAGUGGCAGUGUCAGUGGAAGUGGAAGCAGUUAUACUGGUUCAAGCUCCAGGUCCAGAUCUUCUUCCAACUCCCUCUCACGCUCGCGUUCCGGAUCCAGGAAAUCCAGGAAAUCCAGAUCCCUGAGCGUGAGCAGUGUGUCGUCGGUGUCCUCGGCGUCGUCCAGCAGCAGCUCGGUUCGCAGCGCUGACUCUGACGACAUGUACGCCGACCUGGCCAGCCCGGUGUCCUCCGCCAGCUCUCGUUCGCCCACGCCCAGUCACCCCCGCAAGGACAGAGGAGCGCCACGGGACCGCCCACCCCACGGCAGAGAUAAGGCCAGGGAGCGGCUGUCAAAGAAAGACGAACAGUUCAGGGACGAUCGUAGGAAGAUGGACCCAGCUGGUGGCCCCCCUCAAAGAGGCAACCCCAUGCCCCGAUCAGGGCCUGGAAGCAGAGGUGGCCACCCUGUACACCCCCCACCAGGCGCCAUGGGACCCCCAGGGAGCUAUGGAGGAUCAGGUUCCCACAAAGACAUCAAACUCACCCUCCUCAACAAGCAGCAGGGUGAUAAAGGCAACAGGAAGAGGUACCUUCCAUCAGAUAAAGAUCGGCCGGGUUCCCCUGUCAGCAAGAGGAUGGCCAUGUCUCCAGACAGAGGACGGGACAGGAGGAUACCAGGCCGAGCUCCGCCGUCCCCACGCAUGGAUCGGCCCAGAGCCCAGGGGCCACGGCCCCUCCCCGGCCCCCAGGGAGACAGUAGAAAACGUCCUCUGUCACCGCCCCCCAAGUCAUCUGGGAAAGGCCCGGCGGUGCCAUCGGGCAAACCGGCCGCUCCCGGCUCAGUUUCGGCCGCUGGCUCUGGUUCCGGUUCUGGCUCCAACAAACCCAGCAACACACUGUCCCGCCGCGAGGAGCUGCUGAAACAGCUGAAGGCGGUGGAAGACGCCAUUGCCCGCAAACGAGCAAAGAUCCCCACCAAAUAAAACGCCCGGGUUGCACCGCGUCGCAGCCCGCCUACCGGUCUGCCUGUCCACCGCCGGCGCUGCCUCGUUCGCCAGGGCAGCGGGAGGCCCCUCCCCCGCCGCCUUCAGUGGACAUGUACAAAUGUUCUGUGGUUCAUGUAUAAAGGUUAUUGUGUAAGUGAAUGAAAAACAGCAGCCACGAAACAACCACCUUCUGCUUUGGUCGCCCUCGGAGAUUGAUCUAGGAGCGCCAUUGACUCCCUUAUGCCCCGCCUCUGCUCCCUUUAACUCUGUGAAUGUCUGGGCUGCAGUUUUACCUCAUCAGUAGAAGCAGGAUGGGACAGUGGGGCAUUCGGGGCAGAUGGUGGGCGGUUCCUUUAACGGCGUUCGGGUUCGCGCUGCUCGUCCUUCGGUGAACAGGAAGAACCUUUCCUCGUACCGUGUUUCUGCCCAGAAAUUAAAUUAAACACAAACUGAAUCUAUUUGUUGUCAUCCCCUUUUUUUUUAUCGUGUUCUGUUCUCAUGUUUUUCUUUGGAGUGGUAUGAGCUACAGGAUACUGACCUCCACAGCGCUUCUUCUUCUUCUUCGUAUAAAUCUGCUUCCGUUCCGAUCACCAGCCCACCAUCCUUCACCGUGGGCCCACUUUGAACUCCACGUGUAGGUCUGUGUUCUGUGUUUUAGGACGGCGUUCACUGUCGCACCUUGUACAAUAAUAGCAACUCAUCGGAUUCUCUCCAGCAUAUGAUUAUAGACAGCAGUGAUGUGAAGUAUUGCUUUCUUUAAAAAAACAAAACAAAACAAAAAA